GGCGUGCACUUUUGAAGCUGGUGUUACUGUAGUAGUUUCCGAAGUUUCAGAAAUUAUGCAAGUGUCCGAUUCACCAGAAGUUUCUGAGGUGACUGAAGAUAAUAAUGAAAAUUAUGAACUUGAGUCUGAUGAAGAAUGA